AUGCCCCUGGGCGUGGACUUUGAGGAGCGCACUGGUGGCGACAUCUACAUCAAGGAGGUGGACAAGUCCAGCGAUGCCUGGGCUCAAGGGGUCCGGCCAGGGGCACAGCUUGUCAUGAUUAGCGCAACCUUCGGAGAUGAGAUGUGGAACACCCAAGGUGUUGGCAUGACCCAGUUCCUCACGGUGCUGAACUCCCGUUUCGGAUCUUCCAUGAAGCUGGCCCUGGCCAAGGAAGACCAGAACGUCCUCUCCGCCUUCCUGGACGCCUUCAAGGGCAAAGCGUCUGAGAGCCAAGGCUCUCCGCAGGAAGAGGAGCGGAAACAGCAAAACCUCGAGGCCAUUUUCGAUGAAGAGGAAGAGAAGCUGCAGAAUGGCGGUGGAAUGUGGAACCCGUUCCGUUGA